GAUGAUGUCAGGGUGUUUCCCGGUGACGUUCCCCGCGCAUGCGCCCUGGCAACGCGGCGAUUCUGGGUGACGUCACGCUCGGGGUGUGACGUUGGCCGCCGCUGGUGGCCUGAAGGCUCUAGUAGUGGUAUUUGGUGGCUCUUCUGCCUCGUCUUUCUUCUCCCCUCGCCCCGCCCUCUUCCUCCGCUACGGGUCGCGGUUGGGGGCGGCCGGGUCGUCAAGGGCGACACGGCUCCCCCUCCCCAUCUCGCUCCUUCUCCUCCUCCUCCUUCCCCCUCCUGGUCCCCUCCUCAACGCUUUGGUCCAAGAUGGCGGCGCUGAGCAGCGGCGGCAGCGGCGAGGGGGCCUCGCUCUUCAACGGGGACAUGGAGCCCGAGCCGCCGCCGCCGCCCGGGGCCUGCUACGCGGGAGGCAGCGGCGGCGGCGCGGGAGGAGACUCCGCCAUCCCUGAGGAGGUGUGGAAUAUCAAACAGAUGAUUAAAUUAACACAAGAACACAUAGAGGCUCUGUUGGAUAAAUUUGGGGGAGAGCAUAACCCACCAUCUAUAUACUUGGAGGCUUAUGAAGAAUACACCAGCAAAUUAGAUGCAUUGCAACAGAGGGAACAGCAGUUACUGGAAUCCAUGGGGAAUGGAACUGAUUUUUCUGUCUCUAGUUCUGCUUCAACAGAUACUGUUACAUCAUCAUCAUCCUCUAGUCUCUCUGUAGCACCUUCAUCCCUCUCAGUUUAUCCAAACCCUACAGAUUUGUCAAGGAAUAACCCUAAAUCUCCGCAGAAGCCUACUGUUAGAGUCUUCCUACCCAACAAGCAGAGGACAGUGGUUCCAGCAAGAUGUGGUGUAACAGUACGAGAGAGUUUGAAGAAAGCAUUGAUGAUGCGAGGUCUAAUCCCAGAGUGUUGUGCUGUUUACCGAAUACAGGAUGGGGAGAAGAAGCCAAUUGGUUGGGACACAGAUAUUUCCUGGCUGACAGGAGAAGAACUGCAUGUGGAAGUAUUGGAGAAUGUGCCUCUUACAACACACAACUUUGUCCGGAAGACAUUCUUCACUUUAGCGUUCUGUGACUUCUGUCGAAAGCUACUUUUCCAGGGAUUCCGUUGUCAGACUUGUGGAUAUAAAUUUCACCAGCGUUGUAGUACGGAGGUGCCGCUGAUGUGUGUGAAUUAUGAUCAGCUUGAUUUGCUGUUUGUUUCCAAGUUCUUUGAACAUCACCCAAUAUCACAGGAGGAGGCCUCCGUAGGAGAGACUACUACAGCAUCUGGAUCAUACCCUUCAGUGGCCCCUUCAGAUUUGCCUGGACCACCAAUGCUCGCUAGUCCUUCUCCCUCAAAAUCCAUUCCAAUACCCCAACCUUUCCGACCAGCAGAGGAAGAUCAUCGGAAUCAGUUUGGUCAACGAGACCGUUCUUCAUCUGCACCCAAUGUGCACAUCAAUACAAUAGAGCCAGUCAACAUUGAUGACUUGAUUAGAGAUCAAGGGUUACGAGGAGAGGGAGCCCCUAUGAACCAGCUGAUGCGCUGCCUUCGGAAAUACCAAUCCCGGACUCCCAGUCCCCUCCUCCAUUCUGUCCCCAGUGAGAUAGUGUUUGAUUUUGAGCCUGGCCCAGUGUUCCGAGGUUCAACCACUGGUUUAUCUGCCACACCGCCUGCUUCCUUACCAGGCUCCCUUACUAAUGUGAAAGCAUUACAGAAAUCCCCAGGGCCUCAGAGAGAGAGGAAGUCCUCUUCGUCAUCAGAAGAUCGGACCAGAAUGAAAACUCUUGGUCGACGAGACUCGAGUGAUGACUGGGAGAUACCAGAUGGCCAGAUUACAGUUGGGCAAAGGAUAGGCUCUGGAUCAUUUGGGACCGUCUUUAAGGGAAAGUGGCAUGGUGAUGUUGCGGUGAAAAUGUUGAAUGUUACAGCCCCCACCCCUCAGCAGUUACAGGCCUUUAAAAAUGAAGUAGGAGUGCUCAGGAAAACACGACAUGUGAAUAUAUUACUUUUCAUGGGUUAUUCAACGAAGCCACAGCUGGCUAUAGUUACCCAGUGGUGUGAAGGCUCUAGCCUUUAUCACCAUCUACACAUCAUUGAAACCAAAUUUGAAAUGAUCAAGCUGAUUGAUAUUGCACGGCAGACAGCACAAGGAAUGGAUUAUUUGCAUGCCAAGUCGAUCAUUCACAGAGACCUCAAGAGUAAUAAUAUAUUUCUUCAUGAAGACCUCACGGUAAAAAUAGGUGACUUUGGUCUGGCAACGGUGAAAUCACGGUGGAGCGGGUCCCAUCAGUUUGAACAGUUGUCUGGAUCAAUUCUCUGGAUGGCACCAGAGGUAAUUAGGAUGCAGGAUAAAAACCCCUAUAGCUUUCAGUCAGAUGUAUAUGCAUUUGGGAUUGUUCUGUAUGAACUGAUGACUGGGCAGUUACCGUAUUCUAAUAUCAACAACAGAGACCAGAUCAUUUUUAUGGUGGGGCGAGGAUACCUCUCUCCAGAUCUUAGCAAAGUGCGAAGUAAUUGUCCCAAAGCCAUGAAAAGACUAAUGGCAGAAUGCUUGAAGAAGAAGAGGGAUGAACGACCCCUCUUUCCACAGAUCCUUGCCUCUAUUGAGCUUCUGGCCCGAUCGUUGCCAAAAAUUCACCGCAGUGCAUCUGAGCCUUCCUUGAACAGGGCUGGUUUCCAGACUGAGGAUUUUAGCCUGUAUGCUUGCGCUUCUCCAAAAACACCCAUCCAGGCAGGGGGAUACGGCGAAUUUGCAGCGUUCAAGUAGCCACAGCAACAAUGGCAGCAAAUCCACUGUCUUACUUUUAAAGUUUUGUGUUCCUACAGUUUCUCUUGAUAACAUCCAGACUCAGUUCUGCCCCUCAAAACAAAGCAAUUUAGAAAAAAGUGAUCCAUACACUUAAAAGAAUGGAGCGACCAAUCCAACUCUGGGUUGGAGGGGAAAGUCUCUUGUUAGGAACCAGAAAUCUCUCUGCUGCCUAUGUUUCCACCUCCACUCUAAACACCAUGUGCAUUUGGAGAGACCCCCUCAGUGGCUGCCUGUACCGUUGGCAUCAUUCCCAGGAGAGCGGAGGGCCUGCGCUUUGACUUGCUGGUUCUCUGGCAUGGUGAGAUUGGGACUCCUGCUGCAUCAUAGGCUUGGGAUGGUCUGCUGGUCAGCUUUCUCCCUCUAACAACGAAUCAUCAGAGGCUGUUGAACAUCUGAUGACACAGAGCUAAUCAAAACAAUCAUCUUCUGGUCUGUUUUGUGUGUGUGUGUGCACGUGCGUGUGCGUUUGUAUGUGUGUGUGUGUGUGCGCGCGUGUGUGCUUUCUGAUCUGUGAAUUAAUGCAGUAUCUCCUUUUCAACUGAGGGUGAGCUUCACCUCUUUCAAAUGAAAAAGAACGGCUGUGUUGGGGAACGCUUAGAGUAGAGAGUUUGGGAAACCAUUAAUUUUUCGGAAAAGGGGAUGCUGCAUCGUCUCUGUCCUUAAUUGCUUUUAUCUCUUUUCCAGAGCCACCCUUCUCCUCACCGACCCCAAUUUCCCCUUUUUGUACACUUUUCCAAAAGGGUUGGGAGGCCUUUUUCAUCAGUCCAGCAACAGACUUUUUUUUUUACAGAAAGUGUGGUGAAGUUCUAAAUAUGUGGCUUAUUUUAUGUUCCUUUUAAUUCUGUGUGUGUGUGUGUGUGUGUGAACUUUUGGGGGAUCCCCAGAAAGUCUAAUACAGACUAUGUAUAACAAGUGUACCUAUUUUAAAAGGUGCAAGAUAAAGUCAGGUACCUAAUGUUUCAUAAACAGUUCUCAGGUUGAAUUGAAUAUGUUUUAAAAACAAAACCCAGCCGCAGUCCUGCUUCCUCAAGGAUUAGACAUUUUAAAAAAGGCUUUGGUACUUUUUAAAAAAGAGCUUUUAAUCAUGUUAACUCUGCAAAUUCUGUGGGUGUGUGGGGUGUAUGUGUGUGGAUGUUAAUAUGCAGUAACUUAAGUGGCAGUUUGCUGGUUUUGACUUUUUUUUUUAGUCGUUGAAAUGGUACUUGCUGGAUCAACACAGAUUUAUUUUCUCACCAUUUUCCUGUCUUCAAUUCCUUCCAUGUAUCUUCUUUUCUUUCCCUGUAAUUUGUACCCUUAGCUUAAAGACUGUGUUUUGCUUUCUCUUUUUGCCUUGCCCUUAAUCUUGAUUUGCACAAUGAUUCUCAGUUCUGAAUUUUGUCAAAUCAGGAUUAAAAAAAUCAAGCUUACUCACAAUGACUAACUUUGGUAGAAUCAUAAUACUGUAAGUUAGCAGACUGUUUUCUGUUUGUAAAGAGGCAUGUUGGAUGCUCUUUGAAAGUGCCUGUAAAAAGCCUUGAGUUUAAAUUUGUUUUUGCCCUGCUCUGAAACACAAAAAGAUGGAAAGAUUCACCCUUCCACAGCAUCUGGGUAAAAUCUGGUCACUUGAAGAGAGAGCAUAUUUGAUAUUUUUAAUUUCUAGUUAGCAAAUAUUUUAUUCUGUUGCUACCAGAGACAAGAGAAGGGAGAUAAUUUUUCUAGAAGGGUUUGUUUGUGGAAGCAGAUAUCAGUUGUCAUGGAGGGGGUUAUUUAAUAUAAAAUAUCUUCAUUUUAUGGAGAAUUUAGGUAUAGCUGAAAUAUUUAGCAGCAAACCAGAGAGCUUGCAGAAGUUGGAGCAAGAGCUGUAAUUGAGAUACUGUAAAUUCAAACAUAAGCUUGGUAGCAGUGGCAAUGAAGCCACUGGGCACACCUAUUUUGUUGUGUUGGGGGGACAUAUCCAUGUAACAGCACAGGAGUGAAUAGUUACAAGAAGCUAUGGAGUUGUUCUGUAAUUUCUCUUAACUGACUGUUUGGAGAAGCAUCUAGUGGAUUUGCACAGAAAACAGUAAAGCAAUUCAUGUUGACACGUGAAAGUGUGUUAGAUGCAGUGUAAAACUGAAAAAGCACAACUUUGCUGUUUGUUUUUUGCUGUUCUUAGUGGUGCUCUACAGAUUUGUUUAAAGUGGUGUAUCUUAAACUUUCUGAAAAUGAGCGAUCCAUUUAAAUAUAUACUGUCUUCUUCCUACCACAAACCUAUUGAUAAAAAUAUCUUCCAGAAUUGAGGAUAUGGAAAUCCUUCCAUUCAUAGAUACACACUACAGAUUGGAAAUGUUAUUGUAAGAGCUGUAAAACUCUGAAAUUAAAAAUUCUGAAAGCUGUUCUUCCCAUAUUAUACAAGCCUGAUAGGGCAAUGAAUGUGUAGUCACUCCCAUGAAUCAAAUGUAGAUCAAUGUGGAUCCUCUACAAGGGAGUUUUCUUUCCACCCACAUCUUGAUGAGAUGGGGAGGUAGCAUCUAUUUCACAAUUCAACAUCUCCUUGCUCCCUACAGAUUAAAAACAUUGGAAUGGGUACAUGUUGGACAUGUUAUCCAUGGUUGACAUGAAUGAACCAACACUUCCCAUGCCAGGAAAAGAAGCAAGCAAUUCUUGCAUAUGUGCAGGGUAAUUACAGAAUAGUUUUCUUGCAGUUUCCUUCCAUAGAGUAAAUCUGAUGCAGCCCAGCCUCACCCAGCCUCUGCCUCCAGCGACCCCCAGGUAAAUUGAGUUUGAGACCCCUGGCCUAGGAAGUGCCAGUGCUGCAGCCCCAGCCUUGGCAAAACCUUAAGCAUAUUCAGAGAGAGAGAGAGAGAGAAUGCUAUCCUCUCCCUGUAAUCUUGUAUCCUGUUUUUCCCCAUCUCACCUCCUCUCAUCUGUUUUAUCAAGUUAUAUAUUUUCAUUGCAGAAAACAACCAGCUGUUGUUCCUCUUUUUAGUUGCUCUGAAUAGUCCCUUGAGUACUAACUGAUGCUGGGCACUCUGCUGCACCUCCCCAGCUGGAUCACUCUUUUCUGCUGCAGCUGUGGGCUGUUUGCAUCUUUUGUCUGCUACUUUAGCAUGUUGCAGUUUGCCUUGAAGUAUCAGAUAGAGUCUCCAUUCUUCCUUGAACGUUUGCCACUCUUAAAUAGUAGAAGGAAGUGCCUCAGGCAGUACAGGGAGGAAAACCCUUCUUUGCUGCUCUCCAGAAUGCGAUCUUUUGAAGAUGUAGUAUGCUAUGGCUUGCAUCUCUGCCGUUUUUAUGUAGAAUUUUUUUUCUUGAGAGGAAGUUCUACUGGUUGCUAUUUUUACCUCAGGUAAGUGUCUGCCUACCUCAUUUGAAAUAACUACUUGUAAAAUCUAUAUUUCUUUUGUCACAGGAAAUUGUUAUGUCAAGACUAAUAGGGAUGGGAAAUUUGUAUCCUGGUUUGAUUGUAUUAUGGUUUUGAUAUUCAUGAGACUGCAGUAACCUUAAAAAUUAUAUAGGUGAAGCACUAAAGAAAGGAUUUUGUUCACACAAAGCACUUUAUAACAAAUGACAUAUGUUUUGUUUUGUUCUUUUCAGUGUAACAGUGGAGAUAAUUUGUCUGCAAUUCCAGUAGGAAAUUUAUGUUAUCUUCAUUUCAUUCCUUUUCCCCUCUCUCCUCCUCUCUGGUAGCAAAUCUGAAGUUUCAAAUAUAUUUUCCUGGUUCAGCACCUAGAAUGGCAGGACAAGAUGCUAUGACCAACAUUAUGUUUAGAAACAUGUGGCCAAAAGCAUCUUCACAGCUGUAUAACUACAGCAAAGCUUGCAAAUUCAAUGCUUGCCAUAAACCUGUAGCUGAUUGAGAAAUUUUACUCUAGUUACAAAAGUAGAGCUAUCUUAUAAAAAAAAAAACCCAAUUCCAGUCCCACCCACCCAAAUAUUGUGACUCCUCUAAACAUUUAAUCUAGUAAGAUAAUUUCAGCUUCCAGCAGACUAAGUACAAUGGUACUAAAGCAGCUAAAUAGUUGGGACUUUUAGUCACAAAUAGCAUAAGGUUACUGUUGCAUAGGAGUGCAACAGUGAUCUUGAGCUGGCAAAGCAAAUCAACAUUCUAAAAAUAGGGCAGCCCAAACAAAACAUUAUAACUUUGAAACUGGGCUUCAGAUCAGCAUCAGAUUUGGCACAUUUGUAGCAGAGAACCUGCUUUUAUUCUGUGCCAGAUAUUGGGGCAAAGGGUUUUUACGAUUUUUUUAAAAAGUAAAACUGUUCCUCCACAUUCAGAAAUAGGCAAGCCUAAUUAUUUCCAGAUUUAAAAUAUAUCAUAUUGUUUAUCUUGAAAGAGAAUGGUUGACCGCACCUU